AUGGUUGAACUAAUUCAAAAGUCCAUUGAGAAUAAUCGUUUGUUGUUGCAGUCUGUUGCUGAUCACUCUAUGUUGGAAUCAGAUUUGUCUUCAAAGUUUGGCACAAACUUUGAAGUAGGUUCAUCGUCCUGUUCUCAUGGUGGGAGCAGUGGUAGUUCAAUUGUUCUAAGUAUCAACAUGAACAAUUCUCCAACUUCAGAAAAUGUAGACUCUAAAUUUGUGGAUCCCAUUGGAUUGGAAGAUCUAAAAAUCAAAUACCUCUUUGAAAAUAAAGAAAAGUUGAAGACUGCAUUAGGGUUUAUCUUAAUUAAGAAUUUUUUUGAAUUUGUGGCUAUUAAGUCUAACCAAACUAGAUUGGUUGUCAGAUGUGUAGUUCCAAAUUGUGAAUGGUACAUGAGGGCUUCAAAGUAUGGAAAUAGAGAUUUUUGGAUGGUUAGGAAGUAUGUCAAGGAUCAUACUUGUCCAAUUGAUGUUGUGUUAAAUGAUCAUUGUCAAGCUACUAGCAAAUUAGUGAGUGAUUGUGUAACUAACUUGCUAAGAGAUGAUGCACCAACAUGUCCUAAAACGAUAGUAGCUCAUAUGUUGAGAGAAUAUGGGGUCCAUAUCAAUUACUUCAAAUCUCGCUCAGUGGUUGAUUAUCAAACUGAUGAUGAAGGCAGAUUCUUGUAUAUGUUCAUGACAUUUGAAGCUUCAAUUAAAGGAUGGAAGUAUUGUAGGCCAGUCAUAUCAGUUGAUGGAACAUUUUUAACAGCUAAAUUUUCAGGAACAUUAUUCAUGGCAUAUGCCAUGGAUGCCAAUAAUCAUAUAUUCCCAAUAGGUUUUGGCAUCGAAGAUUCCGAGAAUGAUUCUUCUUGGAUUUGGUUUUCCAAAGACAAACAUAGGAGUAUUGAGAAUGCAAUAUCUAUUGUGUAUCCAGAUGCAGAACAUGUUCUAUGCACCUAUCACUUGUUGAACAACCUAAAAUCUUCAUUGAAGUUCAAGGGCCAUGAUGUGCUAUUUGAGAAUUGUUCAAGAGCUCAUUUAAAGAUUAAAUUUGAGUUUUAUAUGUGCCAAAUGGAGUCCAUCAAACCAAGAAUUCGUGAAUAUCUUCUUCAAGUUGGAUACGAGAAAUGGCUAGAUCAUAUUCUACUGGAAGAAGAAACAAAAUUAUGA